AUGGACAUACAAACUGUGAAUACAGCCCUUUUAAAAGAGACCAGCCCAGUGGAUAAUGAACAGAAUGUAAAGUUAGAGAAGACAGCCAUAAAGAUCCAGUCAUGGUGGCGUGGCAACAUGGUCCGCCGGAUGCUAAUGCACGCAGCGCUGGGAGCAUGGGCCAUCCAGUGCUGGUGGAGGUCACUGCAAACCAAGAUGGUGGAGCAGAGACGGUGCCUGGCGCUACGACUCUACACCUGCCAGGAAUGGGCAGUGGUGAAGGUGCAGGCGAACGUUCGCAUGUGGCGGGCCCGCAGACGAUUCCUCCAGACGCGCCGAGCAGUCUGCACCAUCCAGGCUCACUGGCGCGGCCGAAAAAACCAGACCCGAGGCACGCUCAGGGGCCACUAUGAGGUCAAAGCCAGCCAGCUGGAGCUUGACAUCGAAAUCGUUAUGACCUAG